AUGAUGGCAAUACUUCACCACGAUGAAACUCACUCUUGCCCUCCUCUACAGUGCAGCCCUGCUCUUCGAUACUAGCCGCGCAACCCAGUUCCAAAAUUUCUACCCCUUCUACCGGACCACCUUAACCACCGAACGACCCGACUGCCACGCCUACUACAAUGCCUCCCUCGCCGCCCGCAACACCUCCGAUCCCAACACCUGCAAGCACAUGGCCGAGUGCCUGCUCGAAGGCGCCGGGGAGGUGAACAAAGGGGAUUGGGCCUCGGCGACGGUGCUCCUGGGCCUCACCCCGUCGAUUCUGGGGACGGUGGCGCCGACGAUCGAGGAGCGCCUGCAGCUGCUCCGCGAGCGGCCCAUCCUCGGGUUUCUGGGCAUCCUGGCCGCCCCGUCGCUGACGUUCGCAAGGCCCUGGGCCAAGCCCAACCAUCCGGGCGACAAACCGACCACGUGGCUGCGUGAGCAUACUGCAGGCAGAAACCCCAAUGUGUACCGGAGUGUGGUGCAAUAUCUCGCGGUGGCGCUGGCCGCGGCUAACGUGCUGGAGAACGCCAUCCGGCUCGGUAGCCAGACGAUCAUCAGCUGGAAAUGCAAUAUGGGUUUUCUGGAGUUGGCGUGGGUGUUCCUCGCGCCGGUGCCAUCUCUCGUGAUGCUGGUUCUGCCACCCCUCGUGGCGCUGACAAACUCGGGGCUCGCGGUGCUUGGGGACUGCCUGGGCAGGCUUCUUUCCCGGGAGCAUUCAGACACAACGGCAGGGACCCCCACGAAUGGACAUGAUCGAAGCGUGGAUCUCGGCGAAGGGUUUUACAAUGGGUUGGCGAACAUCUGCGGGCUGGUGCAUGUGGUGUAUGGAACGAUCGUGCUCUCCUCCGUGCAGUUCAUCGGCACCUUGGACGCGCUCGGCGUGGUGGGGCGGUUCACAGCCUCUGCACUGGUGGCGCAGUUCAUCACCAUGACCCAGCUUUAUGGCGGGUCUGGCACGAAGGAGAAGCGGAAUGAGGAGAAGACAAAGCAAGAUGGUAGCCCAUGGCUUGAUAGGACAGGGGUUACUUCAAGGGUAUAG